UCUACAUUGCAAAAGCUCAUUUUAAAUGUUAAAUAUUUUUAAUUAAAAUUGUUUAUUAUUAGUAUGUACUUACAAUAUAUUUCAAUUUAAUAUUUUAUUUCUAAAAGUUUUUAAAGCUUUUUUUUAGAAAUGUGUAUUUUUGAAUUUGUAAAUACCUAAGUUUGAAACUUAACAUAAUAUUAUUUUAUCUAUUUUAAAAUUGAUGGUUAUAGAAACAAAGUUAAAUAAUUCGAAAGUUUAUAUAAAAAGAAAAUGGAAACAAACGAAAUGGAGCCUGAACAAGAAUGCACCGCCGGAGUUCGUUUGGUAGUGCUGAACCUGCCUGAAGACGAGGGCGACGGCAUCGGCUUCCGACUGACGAGGACCUUGUGGGAUCCAUAUCCUUGGAUACACGAAGUAACGCCGGAGUCCAGAGCAGAGAUGUCAGGUCUGCGGGCAGGGGACUGUUUGUUACAGGCCGAUGGGAAGGACUUGCUCGGGCUGCCGAUCGGCAAGGUGGCAGGUGUGAUACGGGGCGGCGGCGAGGGGCGCGGCGUGUCGCUGCUGGUGUGGAACUGCGGCGUGGACCCCAGGGACGACCCGGAGGUAUGCGCUAUAUUAUAUCAGUACAUAUACAUACGGGGCGGCGGCGAGGGGCGCGGGGUGUCGCUGCUGGUGUGGAACUGCGGCGUGGACCCCAGGGACGACCCGGAGGUAUGCGCUAUAUUAUAUCAGUACAUAUACAUACGGGGCGGCGGCGAGGGGCGCGGGGUGUCGCUGCUGGUGUGGAACUGCGGCGUGGACCCCAGGGACGACCCGGAGGUAUGCGCUAUAUUAUAUCAGUACAUAUACAUACGGGGCGGCGGCGAGGGGCGCGGGGUGUCGCUGCUGGUGUGGAACUGCGGCGUGGACCCCAGGGACGACCCGGAGGUAUGCGCUAUAUUAUAUCAGUACAUAUACAUACGGGGCGGCGGCGAGGGGCGCGGGGUGUCGCUGCUGGUGUGGAACUGCGGCGUGGACCCCAGGAACGACCCGGAGGUAUGCGCUAUAUUAUAUCAGUACAUAUACAUACGGGGCGGUGGCAAGGGGCGCGGGGUGUCGCUGCUGGUGUGGAACUGCGGCGUGGACCCCAGGGACGACCCGGAGGCGAGCGGUCAGUCAAAGCGGGCGAAAAGAACUGGCGACUGGCAAGCGCACGUGCAGUGUGUCCCUCCCGCCCACCCCUCCUUCCCAGCUUGUGCGACGCAUUCGGUUUCAAGAUCCGACAAAAAACCGAAUCUACCCCUGCGUGUAUCGUUGGAGCGCUGUGCGUUGUGCAGGGAGCCGCUUCCGCCCAAAGAGUCGCCUUACUCAAGAAACCUGGUCGCUGAACAGGUAUUCGAAGCAAUUGCAACAGAGUACGAAGUAAAGAACACACUAAGAAGACCACAAUCAACGUCCGCGCAUACUUCACCCAACCGAUCACCGAAUAUCUCACCCACAGCGCGUCGCAAAGGCCAAUACCAACUAUCAAUGAUGCAUAGAAACCGAAAACCAACAUUACCAUGCGAAAAGUUUCCAUCAGAUCCAAACAUUAACAGAUUUAACAUAGAUUCAAAAUCUACCAAUUCUACCAAAAUGGAAUAUCCUGGCAACUCCAACGGGAAGUGCUGUCAAACAGAUGUCAAAUGCAAGUGUACUAUAGACAAAGCUUGGUUGAAUGUGCCACAGAUUAAUGUGGAAGAUACCAGCGAUAAUAAUAAUUGCAAUUGCCACAGAUUGCAACAUAAACUGGUUGCGCGACUAAGGCAAGCGUGUUCGCUUGCCGAUUUGCAGAAUGUUGCUUUACAAAGCUGUUCUUUGUCUAAAUCUUUGAACAGUAUUAGUCAGAAUGAAAAGCGCUCUACCGACGCACAACUUAGCAACUCUAUGGACAAUCUCAAGAAUACAGAUGCCCCUGUAUUCGUGUUGUCUCCUCCGCCAAUAUAUCUGUUAUCUUGCGAUCAUACUCAAUGAUGGAAAUCAUUGAUAUGAAAAACAAAUCUCUUAUUAAUAUUGCCAACACUGUAAUGCUAAUGUGAUUAUAAUUUGAAUGUAAUGAUUUUUAUAAUAAAUUCGGGUAAAAAAAGUUAAAUCAAAUCAAAUCAAAAUUCAUUUAUUUCAAGUAGGCUCAGUUUACAAGCACUUUUGACACGUCAGUUGACUAUUUGUAAAGAUUCUACCACCGGUUCGGAAGGCAGGUUCUGCUGAGAAGAUACCGGCAAGAAACUCAACAGUUCCUCUUUUGAAAAAGUCAUACAGUAUUAUAAUUUACAAUUGAUAACAAUUACUGUUUACAUUUCUUAUAGUUUACUUCCUGUGUGAAGGUGGAAGCUGAUCCAACGGCCUCCAAGCAUCUUUAUCUUUAAGGAACUCAUCAAUGUUGUAGUACCCUCGACUAAGUAAAUGUUUUGUAACACAUUGCUUAAAGCUAUGCAUUGGCAGGUCCAUCACAGUCUUGGGGAUCUUGUUAUAGAAGAGUACACCCAAACCUACAAAACCUACAAUAGUUAACUAAUUUUAUACAUAAAAAGCAAAGAUUGUCUGGAUAUUUGCAAAAUAAAUGAGAUUAUAAAAUUUCAAAAUCUAUUAAAAAUCUUUUAUCGUAAUUAGAUGAAAAUUGAUACAGUUUUAGCUUCCUUACAUUAAAUGUGACAUUUUUUAAUAUUUGAACUAUAAACAUACACGCAGAACUAACAAAGAUAUUAGUAAUUUUGUUUGAACGCCCAUACAAAUGUAACGGUCAUUAUGCACCGAUGACGUCAUUAGUUCGUACCAUUUUGUAUGGGGCGUUUUUAUGGUCUAAGUAAAUCCCUGUAGCUCCGAAAGUAAUGAUCGCAGAUACCCUGUCACUUUUACAAAAUUGCUUUACUAUUAGCAUACCCUUCAUUUACGUAUAUAAUUUUAAAAAAAUCUGUCGUCAUCCAUAAUAUGUAAGUAUUCAUUACUUAAGUAUUUUCUUAAAUUGUAACAUUUUAAUAAAUGUAUUAAUUAAUUUAUUAAUUAAUUUCAUUGAAAAUUAUCGGUAAGUAUCAAGUUUCUUUCUCUAUCCAUGUGAUAAUAAAAAAAAACGGAUGAACACCCCAACCCUAGGAGCUUCUUAGUUAGCACUGUAGGCUACACACAUUAUUUAUUUAUAAUAUUAUUAAUAUUCCAUUAUAAACAUUUAUUUCAUUAAAUAUAUUUAUUUUAAUUUAUUUAACACAUUCAUUCACACUUACACUACAUACAAUCAUAAUUUCACACUCACAAAUUAAUAUAUACACUUUUCACUAUUAAAAUUAAUUCACGCGCAUACUCGGGUGAAACCCGUAGUAUGCGGCGCGGCGGCCGUCUUACGUCACGCGCUCCGCGCUCGGUCAGUCGACAUUCGAUGCCUACCCUACUAUUCGUUCUCGGUGCGUUCGACUAACACGUUUGACUUGCGCAUAACUUUUGUGAUCGUAUUGUAUUGUUUAUUCCUCUCAUUGUGUAUGUUAACUGCCUAGUAAUUAAAGACUAUCUAAAUACUU